UGUCUCAGAUAAUUGUUUCCUGAUUGAUCUGCUUUACCAGACAUAACAGGGAAUCAAGUAGAAGAGCCCAUCCCCCCCACAGUGGAUGCUGGGGAGUUGGUGGAUUUGCAACACUUCACAGGCAACAGCAGCAGUGAUAUUUUGCAGAGGAGGCAGCAGAGUAGUGGCACAAACAUAGCCAUGGAUGAGCAGAUCAGUGAGGAGCUGGAGAAGGUGAAGCAGGAGAUGGAGGAGAAAGGAAGCAGCAUGUCGGACGGAGCUCCGGUGGUGAAAAUCAAGCAGAGCCUGACUAAGCUGAAGCAGGAGGUGGUCCAGAUGGACGUGAGGAUCGGCGUGGUCCAACACACGCUGCUUCAGGCCAGACUCAAGGAGAAGUCCAACAUGACGCGGGACAUGCACGCCACCAACAUCCCAGAACCGGCCGCCGGAACCUUCGUUUAGAACCGGAACACUUAAAACUCUACAAACUGUUUCUGACACUAUAAAAAAGAUUUUUCUGAAAGAACACUUUAAUUAAAUCACAGAAACAAAUAUUUCAAACGUCACAUAUUUAGUUUUU